AAACCGCGUGACUUGACCCGACCCACUGCGAUCUAUCGAAAUUAAAGGCGGAAGAAACCUAUCAUUGUUCUUUUACGCUCUCAUUGAAUCGAACCCUAGGUAUGGCUGGACCCGACGCAAGCUGUGUGGAUGAGAUCUGCCAGGGAGAUGAAAUGGUUUCAAAAGGCGUAAGAAACCUAGCCAUCUUCUUUGAGACUCUCGGCGCCUCUUCUCCGGAUACAAGGAAACAGUUCAGUUCCAGGGCCCGGGCACCUAGUUCUAAAACCAGCAAUCGAAAAGGUUGCGGAGGAUCCGCUGGUUCAGGUUUUGCCUUAGGCACCUAUACCUAUACUCCUGUCGACUUCAGUUCCAAGUUCAGAGGACCAGUGGCUGGUGGAGGCCCUUCAAUGGACAAAGCAGUGCCUUGCAAUGAGUGUUCUAAGGAGCACCCUCCUUAUUCUUAUUGCCCUUACGCGCCUUGUCAUAUUUGUUAUAAGGUUCACCACCCUAGUUAUUGCCCUUACUUCGACCAUAUCCCACAGGGUGCAACUUUUCACCAGGGCUAUGAAAUAAUUUGUGGAUGUGGUAAUGAAUUUAAUGAGGAUAAGUGGGUUUGUACCUCUUGUGGUGGGAGCAGAGCAGUGCUUAAGGUCAAGUGUUGUUCCAUUUGUAAUAGCGUGAAACAGCAUGGCGCAUAUGAAUGCCCGAAGGACAAGGUUCUUGCUGCCAAGUAUAAAUUGGUCAGAGACAAGAGGCGUUCAGUUGUGCCGAAUAGGAUUCCCUAUGACACUGUUUGUAUUCCAAAAUCAUCAUCAGAAAAGAUCUAUGUUCCAACUCCUCCUCCUGGGUGGGUUUGUGGACACAUGAAAGAAGGCUCGUAGUUGCUGUCGAGAUAGACGAAUGUCAACCCGCUUCGUUUGAGCCACGAGCUCGUAGUUGCUGCAGCCUCAACAGAGUCAAUAGACACGCAAUCCUAAAUUUUUGUAUUGUUUCAAAUUUUAUUUAUUUUUUCUGUGAAGGAAAUAGAAAGUAUAGGUCGCAGGUGUUCGCUGUAUUAUUUGGUGAAUUUAAGCCGAUUAAUGUCAUUUUUUGGAGGCAGGAGGGAAUUUAAUCUA